AUGUUCUUGCUGGUUGUCAUGAUGGAGCAUCUUCAACAGUUGCUCACCCUCGCCGUGAUCCUCAAUCUUGAGGUCCACCAGAUGGAUGUUGAGAACACCUUCCUCAAUGCUACUCUCUCUGUCCACAUCUAUGUUGAGCAGCCGCAAGGAUUCAUUGACCUGGAGUGGCUGGACCAUGUCUGCCUGCUGCACAAGAGUCUAUAUGGACUCCAUCAAGCGCCACUCAAGUGGAACAGGAUGAUGGACCGCCAUCUGCGCAGCCACCACUUCCUUCCCACUCACACCAACCCCUGCAUCUACAUGUUGCAGGAGUCAAGCGCCCUCGUCAUCAUCACUGUCUACAUUGACAACUGUGUGAUAGUCACCCCUCUCAAGCACAUCGAGCGCGCCAAGAUGGUGCUGCACGACAGCUUCAGGAUGAAGGACCUGGGCCAAGCCAGGUCCAUCCUGGGCAUGGAGGUCAUGCGUGACCGCGAGGAGGGCGCCCUCUACCUGCGUCAGGCCGGCAAGAUCAUGGAGAUUCUCCAUGACUUUGGCAUGGCUGACGCAAAAUCCAUCGGCACGCCCAUGGACCCUGGCCUCAUCCUCCACAAGCUCAAGGUCACGGCACCGGGGCACCUCGGAAAACCAUACCGGUCGGUAGUGGGGCGGCUGAGCUAUCUGUCUCAGGCCACACGUCCGGAUAUCGCGUUCGCCGUCAACGUGCUGAGCCGUCACGUCAACGGCUACGACCAGUCCCAUUGGGGCGCCGUCAAGCACCUUCUUCAGUACCUGCGCGCCACCAAGGACCUCACAAUCAAGUACACCACCAGUGGGUCUCAUUCCCAGUCUGGCGGCCUGCUACCGGUAGGCUACGCGGACGCAGACUGGGGCAGGGACGUCAAGACACGGCGCUCCAUGUCAGGCAUUUUGUUCACACUUGGUGGCAGUCCCAUUCAAUGGGGCGCGCGCACUCAGAAGUGCGUAGCCACCUCCACGAUGGAGGCAGAGCUGAACGCCAUCGCCGAGACAAUCAAGGAGGCAGCUCACCUCAACAGGAUCACGCGAGAGCUUUUCCCACACAUCGAUGCCACACUACAACUGUACUGCAACAAUCAGUCCGCCAUCGUCAUCGCCAAGUCGAAGCCCGGCGAACACACACAGCGCACCAAGCACUACGCCCUCAAGCUCGCGUUUCUACACGAAAGUGUGAGUAAGCUGAACGUCGACUUCAAGUACCUCCCCACAGAGGUCAUGCCCGCUGACGUGUUCACCAAGGCGCUGGGGCGCGCACGCGUAGUCGAGCUACGCUCUCUCAUCAACCUCGUCGAACCGAAGAUCGAGAGCAAGGGGCGUGUUGUGUAG